AUGGCGAAAAAGGCAAAGUCGCGCACAAUUGCCGUGCGCUUGAUUUCAAUGGCCAUGACGGGAUACUACAAAACUUUUACUCGACCGCGCCAACAUCGCCCGCUCAGCAUGCUCAAAUACGACCCYGUCGUCAAGAAGAAGGUCCUGUUUCUUGAGGCCAAGCGUGGAGGAUCGAAGUGA